AUAAAACCUCUUGGGCUCCCUCCAGCCACACUGUAGACCUACUGGAAACUAUAGAGACACCUGAGUAUCGCCCCACUGACUGAACUAUCCCGUCACAAUGCUGUCACGAACGUUGAUUGUUCCUUUGAUCUUUGCUUUGGCUGGUCUUGCUCUCUCAGCCCCCAUUACUGAUGGAACAGAGGGAGACAAUGAUGGUGCCAAAGAUGGCGGAGGCCCCACUGGCAGCCCGGUAGUUGCAGCAGCAGCUGGAGACUCUGUAGGGACCACAGAUGGGACUGACUCUAGUAAAGAGCUGGCUGGAGAUGUGAGUAGCAGUGAUACAUCCACAGACACAAGCAAUGUAGAUACCAGCGUGGAAACCCCAGGCAGUCCUGAUGUCUCUGAUGCCCCAGCUGAAGCAGCAGGCAGCCAAGAUACAACUGAUGCAGCUGCAGAUGUGGAUAAGUCUCCAGAAGAUAACUCCACAGAGUCUCCAGAAGAUAACUCCACAGAGUCUCCUGACAGUACCUCCACAGAGUCUCCUGACAGUGACUCCACAGAGUCUCCUGAAAGUGACUCCACAGAGUCUCCUGAAAGUGACAACACAGAUGAAGCACUGACAGACGUGCAAGCUGACUCUGACGUGACCAGUGAUGACACGGAGGAGGCCACGGAGACAGACAAAGAUGAUGACAAGAGUGACGACAAGAGUGACUCAGAGGAUGCAGAUGGGAAGGAUACUGCAGGUGAAGAAGAAAUGUUAGAUAAUGACUCUGCAGAUGCUGCCACAGACAAAGACGAUAGUGAUGAGGAUAAGGACAUUGAACUAGAUGGUAAGGCCCCUGCAGAAGAGAAGGACAGCGCAGAAGACACAGAGACAGAGGAAGCGGCGGACAGCGACAGCAAACAAGACGACGCAGACUCAGACACUAAGGAUGACAAGCCAGACAAAGAUGACAAGAAAGACAGCACAGAUGACAGCAAAGACAGCGACAGCUCAGAUGACCACAAAGAGAGCAGCGAAGAAGAGGCCCGGAUUCCAGAGGAGGAACCAGAGCACCAGGAAAUAGAAGAAAAGGACAGCGAGAGCCAACAGGACACCUCAGAAGAAAACGACAAGCCAGACAAAGAAGAUGAGAAAGACAGCGACAGCUCAGACGACAGCAAAGACAGCAGCGAAGCGGAUGUCCAGUUCUCGGAGGAGGAACCAAAGCAGCAGGAAAUGGACAUGAAGGACAGAGGUGACGUGGGGGAACAGCAGGCCAGCCCUGAAGACAACAUCGAGGAGGGAAGCCAUGUAGGGAGCCAAGAAUUUGAGCCUCUACAGGAUUCGGAGGAGGAGGCGGAGCUGGAGUCAAAAAAGGAGGGGAAGCUGGAGGAGGCGGAGAAGGAGGAGCUGGAUGCGGAGAUGAACCUAGACACAACAGAGUCCGACAGUAAGGAGGACAGUAAGGAUGACAGUAAGAAUGAGAUUAAGGAUGAGAGUGAGGAUAAGACUGAGGCUGACACAGACUCCAACAGCAAGGAGGACAUUGGGACCAGCGGUGCCCCUAAACCACAAGAGGAUGACAGUGAAGAGGACACUGAAGUCCAGCCAGAGGACACUGAUGAUAGCAUGAUGAAGGAGCCCAAAGAUUCUGAUGAUGCUGACAAAGAUGAUAUGGACAAGGAUGCCUCUGACUCAGAGGAUGACAAAUCUGAAUCUGAUGCAGAGCCAGGUGCAGAUUCACACAAAGAUGAGGAUGAGACCGACGAGGAUUCCGAUGAUGCGUCAGAGUCCAUGGCGAAAGAUGACGAUAUGGAUGAUGAUGAUGACAUGGAUGGGGCAGAAACAAUGGCUCCAGAUUCAGAAGCUGUUCCAGCUGACAUUCUGGACCAACCAGACCAACAGGAUUACAUGACACAGGGUGACUCUCACGGCGCUGAUGCACCGGCAGCCCAGUCUUAGCCCUGUAGCUGGAGCCCACAGGACGCUGUGAAUGGAAUCAGACAGUUUGAUAGUCCCAUCAUGGUGAAUCCCACAUAAACCAACACGUCCUCCCGCAGUCAUGACAACAAACAGCGUAAAAAAACUUACGUUCCUUAAGUUCCUUAACCCUCUCUUGCCACUCAAAAUGGUGAAGGUGUCUACGGGGAUACAAUUAAAUUAUUAUACUGUUUUGGUGUACAUUACAUUUUUACCCACUUUUUGACUGCAUUGUUGUUUUUUGGCAUCUCAAGGGUAGUUUAAUAUUUGAUCAUGGAGAAUAUAUAUUUUUUCAACUUUGUUUUUGUUAAAGACAGUUUAUUUAAGUUGUGACAUCAUCAUUAUACAAGUUACACCCCUGUCUUAUCAACUAGCGUGUUGAUAAAAUGGUCACCAUGUUCCCUUACAAUGCCCUUGAAAAAAAGUCUGUUUUUUUUAAAGAUAGCACUCAGUCAUUGUAGGUUUGCUAGGUUUCUGCAGGUUGUGGGUUACUACAGUUUUUCUCUUGCUUUCAUGUGAUGCAUUGCUGUCUCAGUCCUUGACAGAAAGCUCAAUUGGCACUUUUUCCUUAACCGAUAAAAAUAACUCUACUGGCUCAGUUCAACAUUCAUUUUAAAGUUAUCAGAAACAUAAGAACCUUUAUACAAAAUGAAGUGUACAUACAAUGUCUUUGAUCAGAUAUAAUCUACAUUGGUUGGACAAAUGGUAAAAUAACAAUUGCAUAGAAAUAAUGAGAAUUUAAUUUCAUAACUGUAUGCACACAGGGGGGAUAUCUAAUAAAGAUUGAGUUGUCAGAUCA